CAACCUUUCCACAAAUCAGUGAGGUUUACUAGUGAGAAAUAUGGACAUUAUGAACACUUACUUGGGGUCUGUCGUCCAACAAAAACUAAGCUCCAUUACAAGCACAAAAGAUUUAUUGGAUGAAGUGGAGAGGGCAUUGCAAGAUCUCAUGGAUAAUUAUGUCCUUGUAGAUCAAGAAUUAGUGGCAAAUAGGCAUGGGAUGCAACUCACACCUCAAGUUCAAAGAUGGCAUGACAAGGUACAACUCCAUGAGAGACAAGAUAUAGUGAAUCAGUUGAAGGUUGCCUAUAAUAAUAGAGGUUGUCUUCUUGGAAGCUGUUCUCUUAAUUUGUGGGCUAACUACAAGAUUAGCCAAAGUUCAAUCAAGUUAUAUAAAGAGAUCAAUAACUUGAAGAUGGAACAUGAUGCUUUCAAAGAAAUAACAGAGACACAACCUCCAAGAGUAGUUUUGGAGAUCGCUACUUCAGUGACUCUUGUGGGCAACACUAUCAAGCUAAAUCUUGAGAAAGUUUGUGGUUACUUGGUAGAUGACAAUGUAUCCAUGGUGGGGAUUUGGGGCAUGGGAGGGGUCGGAAAGACAACUCUCUUGAAUGAAAUCAAUAACUCAUUACUUGGUGGUGAUACUAAUCUGGGGUUCAAUUAUGUCAUCUCUCUGGUGGUUUCAAAAGAACCUCAAUUUGAGAAGCUUCAAAAUGAGGUAUCUAAAAGGUUAGGAUUGCCUUCUUACUCCGGGAAAAAUGACAUAUUUGAGUUUUUGAAGAAGAAGAACUUUUUGCUGCUAUUAGAUGAUAUAUGGAAGAGAGUGGACCUUCCUGAAGACCUUGGUAUUCCACUUCCACUCCGUCAAAGCCAAAAUUCUGAAAAUGGAGGUCAAAGCUACAAGCGGAAGGUAAUCUUCACAACCAGAGAUGAUGAAGUGUGUGCUCAUAUGAAUGCUCACAAGAAGAUCAAAGUUGAAUGUAUGGAUAAAGAAGCAUGGCAUCUUUUCAAGCUGUUUGCAAAUGAAGAGAUCAUCAAUUCCAAUGAAAAUAUUAAAGUACUGGCAAUGAAAGUUAUGGAGAAGUGCUCAGGUUUACCACUUGCCCUUAAAGUCAUUGGUCGAGCCACGUCGAAUAUGAAGACACCUGAAGAGUGGCGUCACAUGCUGAGGUCAUUAAUCAAGAUGGAUGUCAGGAUUGUUACUGGUAUCGAAGAAUCAUUGUUUCACAACUUAAAGGUCAGUUAUGAUAAUUUAGCCAGUGAUACUCUCCGACAAUGUUUCUUGUGUUGUGCUCAAUUGUGUGCUGGUGCACGCAUUAAAGUCCCUGAUCUCAUAGAGCAUUGGAUUGGGUGUGGAUUGAUCAGUGACUUUGGAAACAUGGGGGAAGCCUUUGACGAGGGAUAUUCUCUCAUUGCAAAAUUAAAUGAAGCAUGUUUGUUGGAGUUUUAUGAUAUUAAUGAAUAUUAUGUCAAAUUACAUGAUGUGAUUCGUGGUAUGGCACUGUGGAUUGUGUCCGACUGUGGGAAGAAAAAGAACAAAUGGAUUGUUUGUGGAAGUGAUGAUGAUUUAAGACAAUUUUCGAAGUGGGAAGCAGGCAACUGGGAGGAGACAGAACUAGUAUCUUCCAAAGGUACUAACUUUAAGAAGACUGUCCAGAAAUUUUUAAGUGAUCAAAAUGUUGACGAAAAGGGCCAAGUUUCUAUUGCAGCAACUUCUCCUAGAUAUCCUAAUCUCCAGAGUUUAUUUAUGAAUUAUUAUGCUAUAAGAGAUCCAAGUUUUGAGGUGGUUAUAAACUUUUUCCCUCAUAUGCCAUCUCUCACAUAUUUGAACUUAUCUAAUGCACCUAUCGCGAGUCUUCCAAAAGAAAUUCAAGUUCUUGUUAAUCUUCAAUACCUCAACAUCAGCGGCACAAGUAUUCGGUCACUUCCACCCGAAAUUGAAGAGCUGAAGCAAUUAAAAUACUUCUUCUUCAGAAGUCCAUAUUUUGCAAGUGAAGGUGAACUUGUUCGAAUUAAAGCUGAUGGGUUGUCUGCAUUAUCAAGGUUGCCCGAGUUGCAAGUGCUUGAUCUUUAUGAACAUACUUGUUUAGAAGCAGGUGACUUGAGGAUAUUGAUAUAUAGGAAUAGGAUUAAAGGAAUCAAUAUGCUUGUGGAAUCAGUUGAGAUUCUUAGACUUCUCAAACAUUUGCCGACUUGGAAAAUACAUUUGAAAAACAUACAUGAUAUGCCUACCCUCCAGCUUUGUGAUUUGAGUUACAAACGUGAUGGUGAGGGUUUGAUGGAGUUACGAAUCAGUGACUGUGGCUUUGAGGACUUGUUGAUAAAUGGCAGUGGGGUCAGUCUAAAGCGUCUCCAAUUGAAUGGUCUUGCAAAGCUCAAGCAAAUCACUUGGCCAGUAGAAGCAUUUCGUAGGGGAUGUUUCCCGAAGUUGACAAAUGUAUACAUUUUUAAAUGUACAUCUCUGAGGAGUCUUUCGUGGGUUUUGCAUCUUCCAUGCCUUAGCACAUUACUUGUACAAGAUUGUUCAGCAAUGAAGGAAUUGAUUGACCCUGCAGAUCAGAUGCAACAAGCUUCAUCAGGUCUUCCCACCUUUCCUAACCUACGACGCUUGUUUUUAUAUCGCAUGCCCAACUUAGUGAGUUUAAGCACAUGUUCAUUGGAUUUCCCUGUUUUAUUUGUACUUAAUUUGGAAAGUUGUCCAAAGCUGAAGAAACUUUCUUUCAAGCCAUCCAUUGUCAAUAAUAAAUUCGAACAAGUGAUAGUUGACCAAGCCUUGUGGGGGAGUUUGGAAUGGGAGGACACAACAAUCCGAUCUCACCUCACCAAGUUCCACACGGCAAGAUGAUUCAGGUAAGCAAUCAAAUAAAUAGAAAAAUAUAAUUGAUCAAUUGCGGUGUAACGGAUGAUCCGAAAUCAAACAAGUUCCCUCUUCUAGAUCGGAUCGGAUCCGGAUCACAGUCCUUUAAGGAUCCGACCCGAUAAAUUCCGAAAUCCUCAUUCUGUCUCUGUCUCUGUCUCUCUCUCUCUCUCUCUGGGGUUCGUUGUGGGUGUGGGUGAAGAGAGAAUGGGGGAUUUGCUUGCGGAGCUGGAGCAUCUACUCGGAAGGGAUGACAAGGGAGGAUGCUGUGUUCUUCAAGGAAUGCAAGGAUAGUGCUAUCAAGGAUUUCACUGUUGGUGCUUCUGCUUCUUCAGCCAUUGCCUGGAUUGCAUCUAGGAGCUUGGUUCCUUGGCAUAGGUUUAGCCUUUCCGCUGCUGGGGCCUUGUGUAGAGCUCUCCAAUGCACCAUGCAGCACACUUACAUUUCUCUAUUUGUGCACCAGCAAAUAUGUAAUGCCAGCACUUCCCUGAUAUUCUGGAAGUUUUUUGGUUAUCUCUGUGAUUUUCUACUAUUUCUCUCAGUAACUCGAUAACUCCAGUCUGGAUUCAAACUAUGAUUUAUGUUCUACUGAAUAUCUGUAAAAUAUUAUCACAAAAAGGAUUGAAUUUUUGUGUUACAUUUAUGUUCGAAUGUUCAAUUCAGU